AUGGCUUCGUCGGUUUUCCCGGUGGGCUUGCAGAAUAGACUGCUUGGCUUCACCCGGGUUUCCAACGUGCAACUGUUGAACUUGGAUCUUAUCCGGAACAUCAUUUUCAUCCUUUUCGUUUUCCGAUAUGCCCGCAAGACUUUCUACUCGGUACGCGGCUACGGCAUCUUUGGCAGCAUCCGCAACGUCUACGCCGCAGUCCGUCUCUUCUGUUACUCCAUUUUCCUCCGCUCUCCCGGCGUCAAAGGUCAGGUCGACAAGCAGGUGACCACGGCUAUCGAAGGUCUGGAAAAGAAACUCGUUGCGAGCGGCCCCGACGUCACACGGUACCUAGCUUUGCCCAAGGAAGGAUGGUCAGCCGAGCAGGUUCGCGCAGAACUCGAGAAACUCGCAAACUUGGAACAUACACGCUGGGAAGAUGGCCGUGUCAGUGGUGCCGUGUAUCACGGUGGUGAUGAUCUGUUGAAGCUCCAGGCUGAUGCCUUUGGCCGGUUUGGUGUCGCGAACCCGAUUCAUCCUGAUGUGUUCCCUGGUGUUCGUAAGAUGGAAGCAGAGGUUGUUUCUAUGGUCUUGUCUCUGUUUAAUGCUCCUUCAGACGGUGCCGGUGUCACUACCAGUGGCGGCACGGAAUCCAUUAUUAUGGCCUGCUUGGCAGCUCGGCAAAAGGGGUACACUGAACGCGGUAUCAGAGAGCCUGAGAUGAUUAUCCCCGAUACUGCUCACGCUGCGUUUAUCAAGGCCUCCCAUUACUUUGGAAUCAAGCUCCACCGUGUUCCAUGCCCGGCUCCUGACUACAAGGUUGACAUUGCUGCCGUUCGCCGGCUGAUCAACCCGAACACUGUCUUGCUUGUUGGUUCUGCUCCUAACUUUCCUCAUGGUAUUGUCGAUGAUAUUCCUGCACUGUCUCGCCUCGCCAACUCAUAUGAGAUCCCGCUCCAUGUGGACUGUUGCUUGGGCUCCUUUGUCAUCGCAUUCCUGAAGAGGGCUGGCUUCCCGGAGCCUUACGAAGAGGAAGGAGGAUUUGACUUCCGCCAACCCGGUGUUACCAGCAUCAGUGUGGACACUCACAAAUACGGGUUCGCGCCAAAAGGAAACUCUGUGCUUUUGUACAAGAACCGCACCUAUCGCAGCCACCAGUAUUUCAUCUACCCUGAUUGGUCCGGUGGUGUCUACGCCUCUCCCUCCGUGGCGGGAUCCCGACCCGGUGCUCUCAUUGCAGGUUGCUGGGCUAGUUUGGUGAACGUUGGCGAGUCCGGGUACAUCAAGAGCUGCCUCGACAUCGUCGGAGCCGCAAAGAAGUUUGAAUUGACUAUCAAGGAGCACCCAGUUCUGUCCCAAAACAUCGAGGUUGUUGGUGAUCCCAUGGUUAGCGUCGUCGCCUUCCAAAGCAAGAACGGAGGCAUUGAUAUCUACGACAUUGCAGAUGACUUAUCCUCCAAGGGAUGGCAUCUCAAUGCUCUCCAAACGCCUGCGGCAAUCCACGUGGCCUUCACUGUUCCCACGGCGUCUGCUGUUGACCAACUCAUCACCGAUGUGGUUGAGGUUGUCGAGAAAGAACUGGAGAAGGCUGAGGAGCGGAAGAGACAAGGGAAGUCCUAUGCCAUCCAACGUGGAGACACUGCUGCCCUGUACGGAGUGGCUGGCAGUAUGCCAGACAAGAGCAUCGUCAACCGCCUUGCUGAAGGCUUCCUCGACACGUUGUACAAGGUCUAA